UCUAAAGAGCAGAUGGAGGUGGAGAAGAUCCUGGUUCUUUGGGGCUGUUUCCUCUUGUGGAACCCGCUCGUCCAAUCGACUCAGCUUUACCCUGGGAUCAAAGUGAGGAUUACUCAGAAGGGCCUGGACUAUGGUACUCAGGCUGGCAUGGAAGUGAUUGAGCUGAUAGUGAAGAAAAAUGGUAUUCCUGAUUUCAAAGGCUCUGAAUCUCUUGAAUUUCUAAAGGUUGACUAUGUUGACUAUAAUUUUUCAAACAUAAAGAUCAACACCUUCUCAUUUCCGAAUAUUUCGUUAACCCCCGUGUCUGGAGCCGGAGUUAAAGUGUUAAGUAAUCACGGUUCAACAAACAUCAGUAUGGGAUGGGAAAUAACAUCUCCGCUUUUCAGAGAUGAAGGAGGAGCGACUCUGUUUCUAGCUGAAAUAUUUUUCUCGGGCCUCAUUCACCUGUCCCGGAGUGAUACGGGCCACCCAAACAUGAAGCUACAAGAUUGCUAUGUUCGAGUCGGGCAUGCCCGCAUCUCAUUUUCAGGAGAACUCAGUGUCCUAUAUAACUCAUUUGCGGAGCCAAUGGAGAAACCCAUUUUGAAGAACUUGAAUAAAAAGCUUUGUCCUAUUAUCAUGGAUCAGUUUGAACAUAUAAAUGCCAAUAUAAGCUCUCUGGAAGUUGUAACCAAGUUUGGUGAGGAUAUCCUGUUAGAUUAUUCCCUUUUGGAGGCUCCAGAAGUUACCCAGUCAGCCAUUGACCUGAAUUUGAAGGGCACAUUCUACCAAGUGGGAAAUCUUACUGACCCUCCCUUCCAACCUGUUCCAUUCACACUCCCAGACCGCAGCGAUUCGAUGCUUUACAUUGGAAUCUCGGAGUAUUUCCUUAAGUCAGCCUCAUUCACUUAUUUCAUAACUGGGGCUUUCAAUAUCACCCUGUCUACGAAAGAGUUAUCCAAGCAUCUAAUUCAAAACCCCCAGAGCAUUGGCAGUUUGUUUUCUCAGAUUGCAGAACUAUAUAUAAUGGCCCAGCCCCUAAUGAUGCGGAUUCUGACCACUGAACCCCCAGUGGUCAAUCUAGAACCAAACAAUUUUACCCUCAACAUUCCUGGUUCUGUCGUGAUGCUGACCAAACCUAAAAACGCCACCGAGGAAGCUAUAGUCUCCAUGGAUUUUGUGGCCAAUACCGGUGUUGGCUUGGCUAUUUUGGGACAAAAGUUGGUCUGCUCCUUAUCUCUGAACAGGUUCCGUCUCUCCGGGCCAGAGUCUAAUCGCAGCUCCAUUGAGGUCCUGAGAUUUGAGAACAUUCUCUCCUCAAUCCUUCACUUUGGAGUCUUCCCACUAGCCAAUGCCAGGUUACAGCAAGGCUUCCCACUGCCUAACCCACAUCAGAUCUCUCUUAUCAAGCCUGACAUUGAAGUUCACAAGGGAUUCCUCCUGAUUUCCACUGACCUCAGGUAUGACCCUUUGUGGAAGAAGCAGCAUUUUGGAGACUAG